AUGACGGCUGGCAAUGGAGUCAAAAUUACAACUUGGAAGGCAAUAAAAAAUGCGCCUUAUCCCGCCGAGGGUGCAGGAAACCAGACAUUCGGCUUCUACUCGCUAGUCGCGGCUGUCCUCGGAGGUCCACUCUUUCUCACGCUUUACUUUCAUCUAGGUUUUUGGAUCUGGCUUAUUAUUUUUGUCCCAGUCGGAGUGGCCAUCUUCUUGGGAUUCGUGUACCUCUCCUCCAGAUAUUCUUCUCCUUACAACAACAAGGUGGAGCUUCCGCGAAAGAAAGUUGAAGAAUAUUUGACGAUGAAAGAUGCAACCUUGGAAGAGUACACUGGUCGCAAAAAGAUUCCGAUGGAACUCUUCUUCGAAAGUUAUUUUGACGGAAAGAUUGAUCUAACCGGUGACGCUCUCGAGAUCCUUGAAGCUCGUCAUGAUUGGGCAUCCUUUGAAUUCUGCUUAGGUCAAGCCAAAUUUUUCUUGACCCAAUGGAUUCCCGAAACCGUGUGGCACUCCAAGAAGCAAGACGAAGAUCAAGUACGAGAUCAUUACGAUCGUGGAGAUGAUUUUUAUGCCGCAUUUUUGGGGCCAUCGAUGGUUUACACGUCAGGCGUCAUUUCCGAUCCGGAAAAAAACGAAACCUUGGAAGAACUUCAAGAAAAUAAACUUAAAUUUGUCUGCGAGGUAAUGAAGUUUAAGGCUGGUGAAAGGCAUCUGGAUAUCGGGUGUGGUUGGGGUACUCUUGUAGCGCACGCCGCCAAGCAUUAUGGAGUAGAUUCCACGGGAAUAACACUCGGAAAGAAUCAAACAGAAUUCGGUAACAAUCGCAUUAAAGAAUAUGGAGUUGAUGAAGGUCAAGCACGUAUACUUUGUAUGGAUUAUCGUGACAUUCCUAGUCGCCCAAGAUAUCACAAAAUCACAUGUCUCGAGAUGGCCGAGCACGUUGGCGUCCUACAUUUUCAGACCUUUCUUAAUCAAGUAAAAGAUAUGUUGGAGGAUGAUGGUCUGUUCUUUUUGCAGAUCGCUGGUCUUCGCCGCACCUGGCAAUAUGAGGACUUUAUAUGGGGGUUGUUUAUGGCCAAGUACAUCUUCCCUGGUGCCGAUGCCUCUUGCCCAUUAGCUUGGAUUAUCAAUCAAUUGGAGGUUGCGGGAUUUGAAGUAUUCAGAACUGAUACCGUUGGUGUUCACUAUUCUGGCACCAUCUAUCGUUGGUAUCAGAAUUGGUUAAAGAACAAGGAUUCGAUUAUCAAAAGUUAUGGAAAGAG